UGUGAGCAUUACUAGGCAUUUCAUCCUGCGGAUCUGCAGUCUGUGCUCUUCAGGCUGUUGCUCAGUUGGAAUGAUUAUCUGGGGCCGAUCCUGAGGUUCUGGAGAUAUUUUUAAGGUCUACUCAUUUGGGGGAUGUCAGUGGCAUUUUGCAAGAUAAUCUGAGGAACAGGAAAGCAUCUGAAAUCAACUGAAAAGGAUAACUGUAGCGGUUUUCGUUGUGGAAGGAAACUGUAUUGGCACAGAGGCAUAUGACUGAAUAAAGUAGUUGGCUCAGAGAAGAUGCACAGUCUGCUGGUUUUUUUCUUCUGAAUGAAAACUAUUUAAUAGAAGCCGUAUUCAUGUGAAGAUCAAAGGAAUACUGGAAGGAUAAACUACUGUUUUUUCUCUUUAAAAUGAAAACUCUGAAGCAGUAAUUUGAGCUCUUAAGGUCUUCUAAUGCCUUUGCAGCCUGCUUGUUUUAUUAGGAUUCUCCAUUCUCACCAUUUCUGCUUGGUGCCUGUGCCCUUUCGCUGAAGCUGCCACAGACAACUGCUUGAUGUUGAAAGAAAAACCUCUGCCUUGCUUAUGUUAUAGAUGAGAGUGAAGCUAUCUGUGUUUCUUCUAUUAUAUGGGAAAUUUGGAUUAAUCAAGCUGUAUUCUAGUACCAAGAGUCCUAUUGUCUCUUGUGGUCUGACUCAUCACAUGUAAAUGUAUUGCAGCUUUGCUAUUAAUGCAGAGUGGCUUGUUUUCCCCCUUUCUCAAACACAGAAAGAAUUGUCAACCUUUGAGCUUCAUUUUUCAGGAUUUGUGCUGAGCUCUACAUCUUUUUGUUUGUUUGUUUCCUGGGUAAUAACUGCAUUAAAUCAUUGAAGUUGAAGAAAUGAAGACAAAUUAGAAGUGGAAACAGAAUAAGCGAAUGAGUCGAGUGUGUAUUGUUGUUUUGGAGGAGGUAGAAGAUGAUUCUCCUGAAUUCAUUUCUAACUUGCCACAGGAAAAUAAAUCUCUCCAUUCUCCACCUUCUGGAAAUGUAUUGCCAUCAUUGGUGCAAGCUAUAUUUAAUGGAGAUCCUGAUGAAGUUCGAGCAUUAAUAUUUAAGAAAGAAGAUGUUAACUUUCAGGACAAUGAAAAGAGAACCCCAUUACAUGCUGCUGCCUAUCUUGGAGAUGCAGAAAUCAUUGAACUGCUUAUUUUAUCUGGAGCUAGAGUUAAUGCCAAAGACAGCAAAUGGUUGACACCUUUACACAGAGCAGUUGCAUCUUGUAGUGAGGAAGCAGUUCAGGUACUUUUGAAGCAUUCUGCAGAUGUUAAUGCUCGAGACAAAAACUGGCAAACCCCUUUACACAUAGCUGCUGCUAAUAAAGCUGUAAAGUGUGCUGAAGCUCUGGUGCCUCUUCUGAGUAAUGUAAACGUGUCUGAUCGGGCAGGAAGAACUGCGUUGCAUCAUGCAGCUUUCAGUGGACAUGGUGAGAUGGUCAAACUACUCUUGUCCAGAGGUGCCAAUAUUAAUGCUUUUGACAAGAAAGAUAGGCGUGCUAUACAUUGGGCAGCAUAUAUGGGUCACAUUGAAGUAGUGAAAUUACUUGUGGCACAUGGAGCUGAAGUGACGUGUAAAGAUAAGAAGUCUUACACACCUCUUCAUGCAGCAGCCUCCAGUGGCAUGAUCAGCGUAGUCAAGUACCUUCUAGAUCUUGGAGUUGAUAUGAAUGAACCAAAUGCCUAUGGAAACACAGCUCUUCACGUGGCCUGCUAUAACGGGCAAGAUGUUGUAGUGAAUGAACUCAUAGACUGUGGUGCUAAUGUGAAUCAAAAGAAUGAGAAAGGAUUCACUCCUUUGCACUUUGCUGCUGCAUCAACACAUGGAGCACUGUGUUUGGAACUUCUAGUUGGCAAUGGGGCUGAUGUCAACAUGAAGAGUAAAGAUGGGAAAACCCCACUGCACAUGACCGCCCUCCACGGUAGAUUCUCCAGAUCACAAACCAUUAUCCAGAGUGGAGCUGUAAUUGACUGUGAAGAUAAGAAUGGAAAUACCCCUUUGCACAUAGCAGCACGGUAUGGCCACGAGCUGCUAAUCAACACUCUUAUUACAAGUGGUGCUGACACUGCAAAGCGUGGCAUACAUGGAAUGUUUCCUCUCCAUUUGGCAGCCUUAAGUGGUUUUUCAGAUUGCUGCAGAAAACUUCUUUCUUUAGGAUUUGAUAUAGACACCCCAGAUGAUUUUGGCAGAACCUGUCUGCAUGCAGCUGCAGCUGGAGGAAAUUUGGAGUGCCUAAACCUUCUGCUGAAUACUGGUGCAGACUUCAACAAAAAGGACAAAUUUGGGAGAUCACCACUGCACUAUGCUGCUGCCAACUGCAAUUACCAGUGCCUGUUUGCUCUUGUGGGAUCAGGAGCAAGUGUGAAUGACCUUGAUGAAAGAGGCUGCACACCCCUGCACUAUGCCGCUACAUCAGAUACAGAUGGCAAGUGCCUGGAAUACUUACUAAGAAACGAUGCAAAUCCAGGGAUCCGAGACAAGCAAGGAUAUAAUGCAGUUCAUUAUUCAGCUGCGUAUGGUCACCGUCUGUGUCUUCAGCUGAUUGCAAGUGAAACUCCUUUAGAUGUUUUAAUGGAAACUUCCGGGACAGACAUGUUGAAUGAUUCGGAUAAUAGAGCAACAAUAAGUCCUUUGCACCUGGCUGCCUAUCAUGGUCACCAUCAAGCACUGGAAGUGUUGGUACAGUCUUUGUUAGAUCUUGAUGUGAGAAAUAAUAGUGGGAGAACACCCUUAGAUCUUGCAGCAUUUAAGGGCCAUGUUGAAUGUGUGGAUGUACUCAUUAAUCAGGGAGCCUCAAUCUUAGUAAAAGAUUACAUUUUGAAGAGGACACCUAUACAUGCAGCAGCAACAAAUGGUCAUUCAGAAUGCUUGCGGUUAUUAAUAGGAAAUGCAGAGCCACAGAAUGCAGUAGAUAUUCAAGAUGGAAGUGGACAGACACCUCUUAUGCUGUCUGUUCUCAAUGGGCACACGGAUUGUGUCUACUCACUACUGAACAAAGGAGCCAAUGUAGAUGCCAAAGAUAAAUGGGGGAGGACAGCAUUGCAUAGAGGGGCAGUUACAGGCCAUGAAGAAUGUGUAGAUGCAUUACUUCAGCAUGGUGCUAAGUGCUUACUACGGGAUAGUAGGGGUCGGACACCUAUACACUUGUCAGCUGCCUGUGGACACAUUGGUGUUCUUGGAGCCCUUUUGCAGUCAGCAGCAUCUUUGGAUGCAAAUCCAGCCAUAACAGACAAUCAUGGAUAUACGGCACUUCACUGGGCUUGCUACAAUGGUCACGAGACAUGUGUAGAACUUCUUUUAGAACAAGAAGUUUUCCAGAAAAUAGAAGGAAAUGCUUUCAGUCCAUUGCACUGUGCUGUGAUCAAUGACAACGAAGGUGCUGCUGAGAUGUUAAUUGAUACAUUAGGUGCCAGCAUUGUGAAUGCCACAGAUGCAAAAGGAAGAACUCCUCUCCAUGCAGCCGCCUUCACAGACCAUGUUGAGUGUUUACAGCUCCUGCUCAGCCAUAAUGCUCAAGUCAACUUUGUGGACUCUUCUGGGAAAACACCUCUUAUGAUGGCUGCAGAAAAUGGACAAACAAAUACAGUUGAGAUGCUGGUUAGCAGUGCUAGUGCAGAUCUGACUUUACAAGACAACAGUAAAAACACCGCCCUCCAUUUGGCUUGCGGCAAGGGUCAUGAAACUAGUGCCUUGUUAAUACUGGAAAAGAUAACUGAUAGAAACCUCAUCAAUGCAACCAAUGCAGCCUUGCAAACACCUCUGCAUGUUGCUGCCCGAAAUGGGCUAACAAUGGUAGUUCAAGAACUUUUGGGGAAAGGAGCAAGUGUACUUGCAGUAGAUGAAAAUGGUUAUACCCCAGCUUUGGCCUGUGCUCCCAAUAAAGAUGUGGCUGAUUGCCUGGCUCUCAUUUUGGCCACCAUGAUGCCUGUCUCAUCAAGUAGCCCUUUAUCAUCCCUGACAUUCAAUGCCAUAAACCGUUAUACCAACACCUCAAAAACAGUCAGCUUUGAAGCCCUGCCUAUCAUGCGGAAUGAACCUAGCUCCUAUUGCAGUUUCAACAAUAUUGGUGGGGAACAGGAGUACUUAUACACCGACGUGGAUGAGCUCAAUGACUCGGAUUCUGAGACUUACUGAGAGGCUGAGCCAAAGGUCUAAGGAAAGAGUUCUGACAUGAAAGCUUCAACUGUGCUUUUUUCCUGGAAAACAAAACAUACUAACAUACGAAUUCAACCUAAGAAGAAAGAUCACACAGUGAACAAGUGCAAGGAAGGUGAUGACAUUAGGAAGAAGAAUUUUAAAGGCAAGUUUUGCAAAAGGAACUUCUAGAAUCUUGAUACUGACUUGACCAGAGGAAAACAUGUUGAUGUCAUAUUGCUUUGUGGAAUUGUUAAAUUUGGCUUUGCAGUGCCAGAAAUAAUUUGGGACACUGCUCCCUAACCUGCUUACACAAGCAACACUAUUGUAAAAGAAGAGUUAAGGACACUAAAUUUAAAUUUAAUCAAUAAAAUUACAACUAAAUUUAAAG